AUGAUAACGGUUUUAGGUGAUGGCCGUGUGGACAUUGACUGUGAUUCUAAGCUGGCACGCGCUAUAUCCCUCAUGUACUCGCCGAAAACAAAUAUUCACGAAAACCCACCAUCCGAAUCAACAGACACCGAUCAUGGCCUGCCCAUAUAUAACGAAGUUCUGAGUCAAGACGGAAAGUCGUUCUCUCUUAGACUUAACAUAGUGAUACAAGUGGUGGGCAGCCGUGGGGAUGUGCAGCCGUUUGUUGCGUUGGGCAGUGAGCUCCAGCGACGCGGCCACCGAGUCCGAUUGGCCACACACGAUCUUUUCGAUACUUUUGUUCGGGAAUCUGGCCUUGAAUAUUACCCAAUUGGCGGCAAUCCAGCGGCAUUAAUGGCUUACAUGGUAAAGAAUCCCGGCCUAAUUCCAAGCUUGAAGAGUAUUCAGGCGGGCGAAAUCCAACAAAAGCGCGAAAUGAUUGAGGAAAUGCUUGAAGGAUUCUGGAACUCUUGCAUACGGCCAGACACACAGACAAAUAAGCCCUUUGUGGCUGAUGCAAUCAUCGCCAACCCCCCCAGCUUUGCACAUGUUCACUGUGCUCAAGCCCUCGGGAUACCAGUCCACUUGAUGUUUACAAUGCCGUGGACCAGCACUACAGCUUUCCCGCAUCCACUCGCAAAUCUCAAAAACGUCGGGCCUGAGCCUGCUCUAUCAAACUAUAUUUCGUACGGCGUUGUAGACUACCUGACCUGGCAAGGCUUGGGUGACGUAGUAAACAAGUGGCGCAGGACGCUCCACCUGGAGGAUGUCGCAAUGUUCGACGGACCGAAGCUUGCGGAAUCAUUGAAGAUCCCUUUUACCUAUUGCUGGUCUCCAGCCUUAGUCCCAAAGCCGACCGACUGGGCCGGUCACAUUGGUCAGUCUAACUACACCAAAGACCAAUCAACCAAUUUCCUAAUCAAUUCCCUCAUCAUUUGGAAUGUGUGCGGAUUCUUCUUCCGCGAGGCCCCGAGUUACACACCACCUGAAUCCUUAGCCAAAUUCCUGUCUAAUGGUCCAACCCCGGUGUAUAUAGGGUUUGGCAGCAUUGUUCUUGAGGAUCCGGACCGUAUGAUUAAAACCAUCGUCGGCGCAGUUCGUGAAACCAAAAUACGCGCUAUCAUCUCCAAAGGCUGGUCCGAUUUGGCUGGCUCGGAAGAUGAGGCCAUCUACUGGAUCGGAGACUGUCCACACGAGUGGCUUUUUCAGCAUGUAGCUGCAGUUGUACACCAUGGAGGGGCAGGUACCACUGCCUGUGGCUUGCGGAAUGGAAAGCCGACCACGAUCAUCCCAUUCUUUGGAGAUCAACCAUUCUGGGGCGAUAUGGUCGCAAACGCGGGUGCUGGCCCCAAGCCCAUACGUCAACAACACCUGAACGUAGCGAACCUCGCCGACGCAAUCAGAUAUUGCCUUUCGCCCCGUGCAGUAUCCGCGGCACAAUCUAUAGCCGCCCAGAUGGAGUCUGAGAACGGCGUUAAAGCCGCAGUUGACUCGUGGCACAGACAACUACCCUUGGAGCGCAUGCAGUGCGACCUGAUCCCGAGCCAGCCUGCAGCUUGGGCCUACGCCAAAUCCAAAAAGCCCAUUAAGUACCAGAGCAAUCCCAUCACAAUAGAUGUCACCCGCUGGGAUCCCGUUUCCGGAGGAGCGUCUGCGGUUAUGGCCACUGCGGUCGAUAUGACCGGGUCUAUCACGGGCAUGGUGACCAAGCCCAUUGAAGAAUACCGGGACGAGCAACGGCGGCGUGCGCGAGACCGCGAACGACAAAGCCGUGGUCUUGCUGCAGUUGCCGACGAGCGUAGCUCGGCAGCGUCUGUGAAAAGCAGUGACAGUAGUACUGAGAAGCGACCUUCGCUAGCUGGCAAAAUGGCGGGCGCUUCGGCCAAGAGCAUCGGUCUCUUGGGUCCUAGUGCUGCCAAGGGGAUGCUCGUAGAUAUUCCUCUUGCCUUGACCGAAGGCCUAAGAACUGUUCCGAAACAUUUUGGUACAGAAGUACGCACACAUGGGCCCGUUACUGAUGCCAAGAGCGGCGCUGUGGUGGCUGGUAAGACUUUUGUCUGGGGCUUCGUGGACGGCAUGAGCGACCUUGUGAUGCAGCCUGUCAAGGGGGCAUCGGAAGAAGGUGCUAUUGGCGCUGCGAAAGGUCUUGGUAAGGGCGCUGUGAGUCUCGUAGCGAAAAGUGGUGCAGGUAUGUUUGGAUUGUUUGCGUACCCUAGCGCCGGUAUCGCAAAAAGUCUGAGGUCAGCGGUGUACAGCGGGACGCGCAAGACAAUAGCCAACGAAAAACAUGGCGAGGGACAGUGGUUGGUCGGUUGCAACGCGGCGUCACAGGUGGAUACAGGGGAAGUACUUGCGGGGUUUGAACGUUUACGACAACUAAAAUAA